AUGCACUUCACUCAAGUGUCACUUGUCGUGCUCGCUGGAGCAACGAUUGCUACUGCUGCACCCCUUGAAGCUCCUAAACAUACCCUCUAUGGGCGCACAGCGCAAUAUCACAGCAGUUGCGAUAAGCCUGGCCCUGAUGGCGGAGAAAACAUGAAAGCAAAGGCCCAAAGAGCCUUCACAGACGCAUCGCAAAUGGCAUACCAGACACAGAUCCGCCAUGACAACAGUGGAAACGCUUUCACAGAGAGCUCUGCGCAUUAUUUCGCUGACGCGGACAAGGACCAAGUCAAGCGAAUGAUGCAGGUCAUCUAUAACAGCCGCCUUCCAGUGGAUGACAACGACGGCGGUCAGGGCUACUUCAUCGACAUUCGCUGUGGUAACAGUGAGGACCCUCAAACAUGCAGUGGAUCCACUCUGGCUGGCACGAGCGCGAGGCCUGGUCAAUCAGUUGUAAAUGUUAACGUCGCAUUCAAGAUGGUUCUCUGCGAUCGCUUUUUCCGCAACUCCGAGCCACGCACCAAGAACGACUUCCAAACCAAGAAAUUUGACGACAGUCGCAACGGCUGGUGCCAGCCCAACGAAGAAUUCCCCUUCUUCGAAAUCGCUGGUCUGACAAUUUUCCACGAAAUGACACAUCUGCACACCGUUGGCCAGAGGGCUGGACUCGAAGCCUUCCCCGACCCUGAUGGCUACAGCACCUCUGGCACGAUCGAUGUCUACGAGAAGGGUGGCGACGAUGACCGUGCGAAGUACAAGGACAUGGAUCCCUGGAAAGCGGCCCGGAAGCUCAAGCAGCUUUGGGAUGAGUACGAUGCGGACAACUCAAAGUACAAGCCCUUGUGGAGCCCGAUUCACAACGCAGAUAGUUAUGCUGCCGCGGCAUUGGAGUUUUCGUAUCUGGAACCUUGUAAAUGGGAUGUCAUCUUGCCCAACUCAGUCUGA